GUCGACGUCAUUUCCCGGCGCAGAAUUGUUCGUUUAUUUAGCUGUUGUUAGCAGUAGAUGACGUCUUAGAAAUGGCAAAUGGAUGUAAAGAUGUGGUGUUUACUCGUGGAGCAGGACAAAGUGACGACUCCGACAUUUGGGAUGAUACAGCAUUGGUAAAGGCUUAUGACAAGGCAGUUGCAUCAUUUAAGACUGCUUUGAAGGGAGAAAAGGGAGAAGAGGAACCACAACCCUCCAAGAAAAGCGAUCCAGGAAAGAAAAGAAAGAAUAAUAAGAAGAAACAAAGUAGAAAACGAACUAACGCACCUCCAGAUAAAUUGUGGCAGGUUGGAGAUUCAUGCUGUGCUUACUGGUCAGAAGAUGGACAAUUGUAUGCUGCCACCAUCUCCUCCAUAGAUGAGAAAAGGGGCACUUGCAUUGUUACAUAUACAGAUUAUGGUAAUGAAGAAGAACAAAAUCUUGAAGACUUGAUUUCAGAUAUUUCAGAGGGCGAUGAAGAAGCAAAUUCAAAGACAAAUGAGGUUGAAUCAUCAACAGAGGAAAGUGAUCGGUCGGCAACCCCGAAUGUACCCAAACUGCAGACACAAAGUAAACACAAGUCCAAAACACACAAAGAUGAUCUUCAUGGUUUUCCUGAAUUUCCCCCCAGGCCACCUCCAAUGCCAACUUUCAAACAGACUGGAAAUAAGCGCUCAAGUGGACAUGCUCCUCCUCCCUGGCCUCCUAUGAUGGCUUUUGGCCCACCAAUGAUCCCACCACCUCCACCGAUGAGCCCUGACAUGGUCGAUGAUGAGGCUUUGGGCAGUGUCCUCAUCUCUUGGUAUAUGAGUGGCUAUCACACUGGAUACUACUUGGGAUUAAAACAAGCACGGAAAGAGGCUGCCAACUUCACAAAACACAACCACAAAUAAAAUUAAAAAAUAUAUAUUUUUACCACUGGUAUCAAUGUUGUGCUGAUACUUUUUGUUAAAUAAGUAAUUUGUAUAGAUUACAUGUAAAUUGGUUGUACUAAGUAACUAAGUACUUUUGGAGAAAAAAGAAUUUUGUAUUCUUUGUAAAUAACUUAAUAAAACGCCCUAAGCAU